CGACAGUUUUGUAGGCCAAAUGCCCUUUCUUAACAAGACAAAGCCUUUCUCUGUUGUUCUCUUUCCUCUUUCUUUCUUCUUUCUCUCACUUUGACCGUAUCCUGGCUCUGAAAAAGGAAAUACAUAUCAAAGUAGAUAACGAGCCAAAUCAUGAAGAAGGUACUGCUUAUGGGGAAAGGAGGUGCAGGCAAGACCUCAAUGCGCUCCAUCAUUUUCCAGAACAAUGUCGCCCGUAAAACUCGAGAAUUAGGGCCCACUGUCAGCAUUGAAAGUUCAGAGGUCCAGUUUCUCGGGACAAUGUCGCUCAACCUGUGGGACUGUGGAGGACAAGACGUGUAUUUCAAUAAUUACUUUGCCACGCCCAAUCAUCACAUAUUCAAAAACGUCGAAGUACUUGUCUAUGUGUUUGACGUGAUCAGUGCCGAGCUGGACAAGGACAUUCACUUUUACCAGACGUGUCUCGAGUACAUCUUGACGUAUUCACCCAACGCCAAGGUGUUUUGUCUUUUACACAAAAUGGAUCUGAUACAGGAAGAGGGGCGCGAUAAGGUUUUCCUAGGACAUACGAAGGAGCUUCAAGUACGUUCCGAGCCCAUCAAAAUCCAGGCGUUCCAGACAUCUAUAUGGGAUGAGACCUUAUACGCUGCUUGGGCGCAGAUUAUCCAUUGUAUGAUACCCAACGUUGUGGCACUGGAAAAGAAUCUAAGAAACUUUUGUAGCAUCUGCGGCGCAGAUGAAGUCGUGUUAUUUGAACGCACUACCUUCUUGGUAAUAGCCAAUGCAGCCACCGUCCAUCAUCCAGAUAUCCGUCGUUUUGAAAAACUAAGCACUAUAAUCAAGCAGUUUAAUCUGAGCGCGAGGCAACAAUCGCAUUCGAAAAGUAUGAUGAUAAGAGGAAGUUCGUUUACAGCAUUCAUCGACAUCCUGACGCGCAGUACAUGUGUAAUGAUCAUCAUAUCUGACCCGGAUAUAACACCUGCAGCAACGCAAAUGAACAUUGCAGCGGCGCGUGCACACUUUGAAAGCCUCGAAACAAUGCACAAGAUUGCUUGACACUUUUUCUUAUUCUUCUACACUACAUCCCUCUUCCUCCUCCGGCUUGGAUGCCAGUUUAUAACCUUCCAUGCUCUCGAUAAUGCGCAUUGUAAUGAUAUCCGAAAACCCAUAAAACUAUAUUAUGUUUUGUAAAUUGAUUACUCUCCCACUCUUUUGUCCCUUUUAACCAUACACUAUCAACUGACGACCCCUUCCCUCCUUUACUAAGAAAAUAAACUUACCA